AACGUCUCUCCUCGUCUCUCUCUCUCUCUCUCUACCGGCCUCGGAGCUGGGCUUCGAGCUUACAGUUUUAAUCUCGGUUCUCCUUGCCGGAAAUCACCAUCUGUAGAUAGCCAUAGAAAUGGGGACGCCGAAUGCUGUUGGAGAUUGGUCGUCGGAGAUGGAGGUCAAUGCUUUCAGACGCCUCUUCCCUCUUCGCUACUAUGAGCGGCAUCUCUCCGAAUCGAUACGGCCCGAUGCCAGACCCCAAAAAGCCAGAGAUACUAUUGUGUCCCUUGGGACUGUUGCAUGCUCUGAUGGGUCUGCGCUGGCAAAGAUUGGUUCCACCACAAUGUUGGCUGCUAUAAAAAUGGAAGUCAUGACUCCUUUUGUUGAUUCGCCUGAUGGAGGCAGAAUAGCGGUUGAGUUUCAUAUGCCCUCUAUAUGCUAUCCAGUCGUGAGGCCAGGUGGGCCUGCUGAGGUAGCACCAGUGAUAUCCAAGCAACUUUUUGACUCUUUAUUAAGCUCUGGGAUGAUUGAUCUGAAGGAGCUAUCCCUGAUCAGAAGAAAAGCAGCUUGGAUGGCGUACCUGAAUAUAUAUUGUCUUGAUGGCUUUUCUUCAGCGGUUGCUGCAUUUUCUCAUUUGCAUAUCCCAGUGGUUUCUUUGAAUGAUGAAGGAAGAAUGGUGAUGGUCUCUGAGGAACUUGAGGGUGAAAAGUUGGAUAAAGAACCUGUCGACAAAGAGAAGAGAAAACUCUUGUUGAAAAGCAUUCUGUUUUCCCUGACUUGCAUUCUUCACAGGAACUACAUCUCCCUACUUUCGAAAGAGUCCAUAAUGGAAACGUUCAUGACUAUGGUUUUGAAUUCAUCUGGUCGACUUGUCUCUCUCUAUAAGCCAGGUGGACCAGUUCUUGCACAUACAUCGGCUAUUCAGGAAUGCGUCGCAUUGACGAGGCAAAGAAUGAAGGAACUUCAGGAGAUUAUAGAUGAAGCCAUUUCCACAAUGGAGAUUGAUUAGAAUGUGUACCUGGUAGUGAGUUUGUUCUGGUUGAUUGAAGAUGAAAUGCCCUUCUUGCUAAAUCAAAGUUCAAAUUAGGCGAGAAGGGUAAUUAAAUGUGUGAAAAUUCAUAUUUUAGACGUGUAGCGUCGUGUUGUGUAACAUGGUGAUGAAUGUGUCAAAUGUGAAUUUGAUUGUAAAUAUAGUUAUUUCAUGUAAUUGUCAUUGAGAUGUUGUAACUCAAGUUGCUUUUGUAUCAUAUUAUGAUGAAAAUGAACCGACGACUUUCGACA